CCCAUCCGUGAAACCCUUUCAUGCACAGAUACUCGUGAGCCUAUUGGCAGCCGGGAAAGGACCGACACGGCGCUUGCGCAGGGCCCACAAGUCGGAUUUCUACGGCGCAUCUUACUGGUUGUCUCCCAGCCAACGACAUGAUAUCCAUCGCCCGCAGAACAUCCGCCGAUGGUUAUCCGUUGUCCAUCAUAACCUUCACCAUUUGCCCUUAUCGUCACUGUUCACGUUGAAGUGAGGCUUCAAUGACGAGAUCAGCGAGCCUUUGCACUGCAAUUGAUGCCUGGCGGGCCACUGUCCAAACGCCCGACGAGCACGGCGAACACGGCGUCAUCGCCUGCUCCAUUCCCUUCUGCUAUGGACGCUUGUCUUCUACCGAUUGGACCACAGACUGACAGUUCGCUCCUCAAAUGCCAGUUUGCCGACUUCGAAAUACCAAAAGAGGCUUAUCUCCCCGAGGGCAUUCCUGCACCGCCCGGCUUCCGGUGCCCACCCCGAGAUCUCGUUGCAUGGCUACUAGACCAGGCCGAAGACUGCGAAAUCAACCUUCACGGCGAACCUAGCUGGAACACGGAGCUCCACCUGCCAAUGAUGGAAUGGGCGCUUCGACCGAACCGCCGCCGCGGCCUUGUUGACUACACAUACUGCACUGGCGCCCAGGUGGUUAAAACAUACCGGGCGAAGCAAUCGGCGUCGAACAUGGUUGACUUUUGCAUGGUCAUCCGCCCUCCCGGAGGAAGUGCUGAGGCCAGCCGGAUUGAUGAGGUUCGGGAAAAUCGACCAGAUGUGACCAUCAAUCACACGGACCACGGAAUUUUGUGCAAAAGCCCCAUCGUCGUAUCGUUCGAGACUAAGCGUCCCGGCGCCGACCUCGAGAAGGCGAUGGUGCAGAUGGGAUCAUGGCACUCGUCACAAUGGCGGAGUUUCCUGCAAGGCUCUACCGACCCGCGGGCAGUCCAGUUUCUGCCUGGCGUCAUUAUCAGCGGCCACAGCUGGUCUUUCGUUGCUAGCGCGAUCCAAGAUGGCAAGUCUAUUCUUUACAGCGACGUCGAGCUCGGCAAGACGUCGACCGAGCUCGGGAUCAUUACUGUGCUUCUUGCCAUGCAGCACCUCGCCCGCUGGGCUGAAAACACAUACUGGCCCGUAUUCAAGUCCGAGAUCCUUCAAAUGUGACUAGCUGCCGCUAUAGGUACCAUAGUUCCCCUCGAGUUUACAAUCCCUCAAGCAGCGUCGCAUACGGCCGAACCGUGAGCGAAAUAUGAUGUGUUCAUACGCUAAUCUGCGGCAAUAGCAAGAUCGAUGAUUGAUGGUCCUUAACGAAAGUAAGGAUAUCCCGUUCGUGUCCAGAUUUCUCUAGCUUUGGCUCAAGCCCCUCAGCGCCACGCUAAUACUCCCCUCCACCUCUUGUAGCUUUGGCUCAAUGUUCCAACAGGGCGGGAACGUGGCUCCAUCUAAGACUGUCCCGUCCAGAAGCUGUCACAUGCCGUGGUAAGGCAGCUGCACCGUUCCAUAAGGAUGAGGAUGCUACAGUGUGAGGUCGAUGUGUUUAGUCUGAUGUCGAACCGCUUGCGGUUGACAGUUUCGGCAAGUCCCUUUAAACCACACUCAGCCUGUCCCGAGAUUGGCAGUAGCUAGUCAACAUGCGAUUCGACCGUCAUUCGUAUGUGUCGUCGGGAUACCGGUCUGGGCUCAUUUGGCAUGCGCGUUCGGGGCGAGAAGAAGUCGGCGCUGAUGAAAUGGGUUGAAUGCUCGAAACCAGUAGAAGAAUCAUUGAAGAGCUUGUUUUACUCUUGGCCGACAAUUCGGUUGUCGAGGACAUUUAGGCAGGACCAGCGACUAGGUGU